AUGUCAGGGACGUCAGCGCUUCAGAACAAUUACGACGACAAUGCUCGAGCAUAUAAUCAAUUCCUCGCGACACCUCUUGGAACGCUCGAAGCACAGCUAUUCGAGCUCUGCAUCCCACCCUGCAAGGACUGCGACGUCCUGGACCUCGGCGGAGGGACUGGAUUAGGUGCCAGAGAUGCAAUUAACGCCGGCGCUCGCCACGUGGACGUCAUUGAUAUCUCGCCUGAGAUGAUGCGGCAAGGUCAGGACUACGAGCGGUCAAUUGGCAGGAGUGAUGCUAUUGAUUGGCAUCAAGCGGAUGUGUCACAGUCAUUGGACAGACAGCUGGAUGUAGGGAGGUUAGGACCAUACGACAUGGUCAUAGCGAAUGGCAUCUUCGACCACGCACAGUCCAAAGCAGAGCUGAGGGCCAUGUGGGCUAAUGCUGCAAGGUUCCUGAAGCCCGGAGGGAGAGUUGUUGCGAACAGGAACGACCCCUUCAGCCAAGCGGUGGGUGAUGGCGUGUAUGGCGUCAAAUUCACGGAUUUCGAGAGGCUGGAGAAUGAUGAAGGGUGGAGGUAUACAUAUCGUGUGGUGGAUACGGAUCUGGUCUUUGAGAGCUAUGCGUUGGAUUGCUAUGUCAAUGAUCACACGGAAGUGGCUAGGGAGUUCUGCGAGGACUUUGAGACGGUGAGAUGGGAGAAGACAGCCGUUGUUAGAAGCGACAUGGCAUUCUGGGCAACAUAUCUUCAGCACCCGAUCUUGUACAUAUUCACAGCGACAAAACGCUCGUGA